UUAAGUGUGGUUCAAUUUCUGAUCAUAAUUAGUUAAAUUUGUUACUGAGAAGCUAUGAGUACUUACUCAGCACCUUGUCAAGAUAUGCACACUUCCAGGUACAGUUGCAUAGCAUGAAGCUGGUGGUCUUGGUUCUUAAAUUUUUGCUGAGGAAUGAAAAAGGCUUUCGACGCUAGAGUUCCUCUCUCGUUCAGCUAUGUUAUUAGCUGAUUGAGCAGUAUGAGACUGAAUAUGGAGAAGAACUGGUCUGACUAAGACUAACAGAAUGUUCUGCUUUCGUUAGUGUUUAAACUAUGCUCUCUUCUUUUUGUCUUGUUAAAAUGCCAAUCAAAUUCCAAGGCUCUAUCUCAUAUCUCGGGAUGUAUAAACAAAACUUUUCAACUUGUUUGAUUACAAUCACGAGUACUCCAUUCACCGAGAACCCACCAUCCUCUGCAUGAAGUUCAGUAAGGGGUAUCAUGGAUUCAAAGAGUAGUAAUCCCUUCAAACCAGUGGCUGGUUUCUGUAACAUCACGAAAUGAAAUUCAUACAAUUACUUCAUGUACACUAGGUAAAGAACUUCAUGAACUAUGCACCUAAAGAUUAAAGCCAACCUAAAACACCCUUUACAAAACAAAGAGUUGAAUAAUUUUUUUGCAAUCAUUCAAUAAAAUGAAUCAAGCAUUGAUCAGAUGGAUAAACAUUUACAUUGACGUAUUGAGAGUUUUUUUGAAUAAGCAAGAUUCUCCAGAAACAAAGACAAGUAAUCACCGUCAUUUCCCUUGGGAUAAGCUACAAGUUUCCUGCAAGAAGAAAACAAAGUAAAGAAGCCGAAUAGUUACUUUCUUUUUCCGCCAUAUGGUCCGACUCAUCUUCUAUGCUCUCUUCGUCAUGUUCUCUGUUCAGCUAAUUAAUAGAUUUAAAGUGUUAAGAAGGUUGUUGAUUAAAUAUCUAUUAAUUUUUUUUAACAAAAUCCAAAACUAUGUUUGAUUUGUAAUCGUAACCUAAAUAUUUUAUGAAAUAUUUUAAAAAUACUGGUUUCCGCUUUUUUAGAACGAAAUCAACUUUUUAAAUAUCUUAAAUCAGAGAGGCACAUGCACCAAGACUGUACGUAAGCCCUAAGAUUAAGACUGCUUGUUACUCUAGAGUUUUAGGGUUGUUCUAACACUUAUGUUCUGCUAGUUUGAUUGCAGAAAAAUCAUGGGGGAGCACUCAAUGAAGAAGAUCACUUGGACGAUCAAGAACUUUUCAUCUUUGCAACGUGAGAAAAUUUGUUCUGAUCCAUUCGUGGUCGGUCGUUGCGAAUGGCGUCUUUGUGCAUAUCCCAAGGGAAACAACGUUGACUACUUGUUUCUGUUUCUUGAAGUCGCCGAUCAUGAAUCACUGCCUUGUGGAUGGAGAAGAAACGUUCGAUUUUCCCUAAGUAUAGUAAAUCAAAACACCAUAAAACGUUCCACACAAAAUGAUGAGCAAAAGUGGUUUGGUGAGGAGUCUCCUCGUUGGGGUCGUGUAUCCAUGUUUCCCCUUAAUGAGAUCCAUGCCAAAGAGAGUGGAUAUUUGGUAAACGGAGAACUCAAGAUUGUUGCUGAGAUUGAGGUCAUUGCAGCUAUUGGCAAGUUAGAUAUAGCAGAGGAAACUUCAACAAUAAUAGAAACCAUGGAUAUUAAUGGUUUUCAACUUUUUCCUUCACAGUUGGAACUUGUGAGCCGUUUGUUAGAAAGGCACCCAGAGAUUGCAUCCGAUAUCCGUACUAAGAACCCAAAUCUUAGGACGGGUUACAUGAGCUUGCUACUUAGUCUGAUUGAGACUCUGCGUCAGUCGCCUCACGAGCUCUCCAAGACUGAUCUGGCCGAGGCAGAUGCUGCUUUGGGAUCCAUGACCAAUGCUGGAUUUAAAUUGGAUUGGUUGGAGAAGAAGCUCGAUGAUAUGGCCGAGAAGAAGGAGAAAGAGGAGGCUGGUGAGGCUCGAGUGCGGGAAAUCGAGGAAGAGUUGAAGGAUUUGAACCAGAAGUGCUCAGACCUGGAAGCUCUGCUGGAGAAGCAAAAACUAGAGUUGUCGGCUGCAAAAGCUCCUAUCUCAUUUGAUGAUGUUUUUUAAUGUUCUUGAAUUCUUAGGCUGGAGGUUCUUGUUUUAGGUGAACAAAUGGUUUCUAGUACUACGUAAUGGAGUACAUUGGUUUUAAGUGAAGAGAUGGUUUUAAGCCAGGUUACUUGAGGAAAAAGUAAUAGCUCUACGUCUAUUUAACUUCACAUCGUAGUGUAUGUUGCUUACAAUGUU